AGAGUCAUCCUAUUGCCUCUUCGCCGUAGAAGAAUGGCGACCAUGGAGAGCUUGAUCGGCCUCGUUAACCGCAUCCAGAGGGCCUGCACCGUCCUUGGCGAUCACGGCGGCGAGGGAUCGUUGUGGGAAGCCCUCCCCUCGGUCGCCGUCGUCGGAGGACAGAGCUCGGGGAAGUCGUCCGUGCUGGAGAGCGUCGUCGGAAGGGACUUCUUGCCUCGUGGAUCCGGUAUCGUGACAAGGCGGCCGUUGGUCUUGCAACUUCACAAGACCGACGCGGGAACCGAGUAUGCAGAGUUCCUUCAUGCCCCCAGAAAGAAGCUUACUGAUUUUGCUGCUGUGAGGAAGGAGAUUCAGGAUGAGACUGAUCGCAUAACAGGAAAAUCAAAACAAAUAUCCAAUGUCCCAAUCCAUUUGAGCAUUUAUUCACCCCAUGUUGUUAACUUAACACUCAUAGAUCUUCCUGGAUUGACAAAGGUUGCAGUAGAGGACCAACCUGAAUCAAUUGUUCAAGAUAUUGAAAAUAUGGUCCGGUCAUAUGUUGAAAAGCCCAAUUGUAUCAUACUAGCCAUUUCUCCUGCUAAUCAAGACAUUGCUACUUCAGAUGCUAUAAAGCUUGGAAGGGAAGUCGAUCCAGCAGGUGAGAGAACCUUUGGUGUCCUAACAAAGCUUGAUUUGAUGGAUAAGGGUACAAAUGCUCUGGAUGUGCUUGAAGGAAGAUCAUACCGUUUACAACAUCCUUGGGUAGGAAUUGUCAAUCGCUCACAAGCUGAUAUUAACAAGAAUGUUGACAUGAUUGCUGCACGGCGCAAGGAACAAGAGUACUUUGCAACAAGCCCUGAUUAUGGACAUCUGGCCCACAAAAUGGGUUCAGAGUAUCUUGCAAAGCUAUUAUCGCAACAUCUGGAGUCUGUGAUACGAGCACGCAUACCAAGCAUAAUAGCUUUAAUUAAUAAAACAAUCAGUGAGCUUGAUGCAGAGUUGGAUUGGCUUGGGAGACCCAUUGGAGUUGAUUCAGGGGCACAACUAUACACAAUAUUAGAGAUGUGUCGUGCGUUUGAUCGCAUCUUUAAAGAGCAUCUGGAUGGAGGGCGGCCUGGUGGGGAUCGUAUAUAUGGAGUUUUUGACAACCAACUUCCAGCAGCUUUGAAAAAGCUCCCAUUUGAUAGACAUCUAUCUUUACACAAUGUACGGAAAGUUAUUUCUGAAGCAGACGGUUAUCAACCCCAUUUAAUUGCUCCAGAACAAGGGUAUAGGAGGCUCAUAGAUAGCUCCUUGAGCUAUUUCAAGGGUCCAGCCGAAGCCUCAGUUGAUGCUGUGCACUUUGUCUUGAAAGAUCUUGUUAGAAAGUCUAUUGGUGAAACAGAGGAAUUGAAGCGCUUCCCAACGCUUCAAGCUGACAUAUCAGCUGCGGCAAAUGAAGCAUUGGAAAGAUUCAGAGAUGACAGUCGGAAAACAGUUCUUCGGCUAGUAGAUAUGGAAGCAAGCUACCUUACAGUGGAAUUCUUCCGCAAGCUUUCACAUGAACCUGAGAAAGGUUCCAAUCCCACUUCUACUCCAGCAACAGAUCGAUAUGGUGACAACCACCUAAGGAAGAUUGGUUCCAAUGUGUCAGCUUAUGUUGGUAUGGUAUAUGAUACACUGAAGAAUACUAUACCAAAGGCAAUUGUUCAUAGUCAAGUCCGAGAGGCAAAGCGAUCACUGCUUAAUCAUUUCUAUGCCCAAGUUGGCAGUAGGGAGAAGAAGCAGCUUGGCGCUAUGUUGGAUGAGGAUCCAACUCUCAUGGAGAAGAGAGAUGCCAUAGCUAAGCGACUUCAAUUAUACACUUCUGCAAGAGAUGAAAUUGAUUCGGUCGCAUGGAAAUGACCGUCACAAAAUGGGUAGUCUGGACUCUGGAAUACAUCAUGCAACAAAAGACAAUGACCAUCAUAAGUCUUCUU